AGGAAAUUUCACUCUUGUUUCCAGAACAUUCACACGCGUAAGUGUUCUAAAAUAUCAACUGCUCCUUCAAUCAAGUAUUUGUUCCUCGACUUGAUUGAUUAGGAUUACUGCCAAGUAAUAAAACACCUUCAUUGAAUACUUCACAUCUUCAUUGAAUACUUCAUAUCAUUAACAAGAAAAAAUGGCAAUGAAAUCAAAGUGGGCUGACAUCGAGGAUGAUGAUCAUCGCAUCCCGAUGCCGAUGACUACGAACAGGAGAUGGGCUGACGUAGAUGACGACGACGAGCAUGACCAGCAUAAGCGAACUGUCUUCAGCGAAGCUGAUGGCAAAGGAAUCAGGUUAGUCUUUUCUUCCAUAAUCGUGAAUGCUCAUCUUUCCGUAGGCCAGCCUACUCCUAUCCUAUCCUACAACUACUCGUCUCCUCGCAGUCGGUGCCACUCCUAUCCUGUGCUACUGCAGAAACAGUUCUGUGCUACUUACAACUCGAGCGGUCCGUUUGGUUUACUAAAAACACCUACUAGAAUUAUACCUUUGCUUUUCUGCCAACUAAUUGUUUACAAAAAAUUGAAAUUGAAACUUCAGAACCGAAGUUGAGUACACGGAGCGAAACGGUAAGGCGGUGAAGCUGGUGACAACUUACAAGCAGAAAAAAGUAACAAAAAAGUCAAACGAGCAUGUCGAUCGACGAAAGAAGUGGGCGCCUUUUGGCAACUGCACGGACCCAACUAAAUACUCUGACUACGGUGGCAACAAGCCGGUUCGCGCUGAGGAGGAAGUGAAAAUCGAGUUAAACAAGGAGAAGCAGCUCAAGGCAAUUGGUAAGAACGCUUUUGAUAAUUAGCAACAAUUUCGCUAUAUCUAGAUGCAAGAUCUUCGUGUAUUUCCGCUGAAAGCAAAGGGAAUCUCCAUAUCUGGACUAGAAUUCUCUCGAAACAACCGUUCUUCAAGAAUAUUAAGCUCCACAAUUGCUAGUCCUGCAUUCGUGAGAAGUACCUAACCAUGUCUUUACCCAUACUCCCCACCCCAUCUAGGUCAAGACGAGAAGUUCUGGGAACAGAGUGUGGUUUUGUGUGAAACGAUCCUGAACGAUGCAAAGAAAAAGAAGUAUGACGCCAAUGAAAUGAGGAGGAAACGUGAAAUCGAGUUCCAGGCUCAACAGGCAGAACAGAAGGCGGGUAUUGUUGCAACCGGUGGACAGAACUCAACACUCGCAGGCAAGUACAUGCCACCAAGUCUGCGCAAGGCGGAGGUAUACUUUAUUUGGAGGUCUUGGAGCAUUCUAUACAUUGCUUAAGAACAUGAACAUAUUAUAUACAACGUCAAAGGUCUCUAUAUUUCGUUGAUUAUCUUCUUCCUCUGCUUUUAAUCACAUUUCAUUCCAAACACAAUGCACAACUUUACAGGGCGGCCCGCAGCAGGACAACCGAAACGAGAAUACAUUGCGUGUGAUGAAUUUGUCGGAAGACACACGCGAAGGCGAUUUGCAACAGCUCUUUGGGCGAUGUGGUCCGGUUACGCGUGUCUUUAUGCCGCGUCAUAAGGAGGGUGACCCGAAGGAAGGACAGCACAAGGGCUUCGCUUUCAUCCAGUUCCGUGAGCGCAAGGAUGGCGAGCGCGCAAUCAAGCAGCUGAACGGACACGGUUACGACUCCCUGAUUCUGCAGGUGAGCUGGGCACAGCCGAAAGCCAAUUAAGGUCCCGGAUCCCUUAUGGUUACAGGAACGAGAAUAGGAACAACAUGUAGCUGCGUAAUUUCUCCAGGAGGAUGUUGACACGCGUCGAGUGUUCUGUGGUGAUGCGUACGACGUAAUGGGUUUUUGCUUGCCUACGCUUCGGAGAAGGAGGAAUUAUGGGCGGAUAGAAUGAGAAUCCUACGUAACCUUGUGAAAAAACAAAUCGAAAUACACGUCUCACACAAUUUCAUGAUGUCUCUGCAUCUUACACAUCUAUUUUUCAAGCUUUUUCAUCACACUGUGUCACCUUUGACUAUGGCAGGACCAGCAGUUCGUGCAUGCUGCUGUGGUCACGAAUCCGUUUAAGUUUAUUACCUUACCUAACGUCGUUGUCGUACCUAUGUAUUGGCCAUCAAACUAUUUGUCAUAUUAAGUGUCCUUCCGUUCGAGGGAGACUGCUUUUAUGAUACCUUUAUUGCAGCAGCGCCAAUACCACUAACAUGAUACGAAGGGAGCACCCAGAACCAGAUGAAUUUUCAAAUCAUGAUGCACG